AUGCUAACUCCUCGAUUUACAGUAGAUCAGGAUGAUGAGUUCGUCUAUAUCACUAUCAAACUCUCUACUAUACGAUUUUCCGCCCAUAAUGUAGAGAUGGUUGUUAAUGAUAAGCUUUUUAUCUUUGCAUUACCACCGUAUUACCUCCGACUCAGAUUCCCUGGCUCAUUGGAAGAGGAUGAACGUGCCACCUCUAAAUUCGUAUCCAAAGAAGAAUGCAUCAAAGUGAGAGUGGCCAAAAAGACCAAAGGAGAGAACUUCCCAGACCUUGACUUGACCGCCAAGCUAUUGGCAAGAUUGAAUGAACCUACAAAUCAGAGCAUAUCUGAAUCGCAUAAUUAUAAAUCAACUACUCUGAUUGAAGAAAUAGAAAGUAAUGAAAAUGGCGCAAAUCACGUGAUCAACAAUCACAUGAGCGACAUAGCUCGAGAAGCUGAGAAUUUCAAUUGGGAGGUAGAACAGAAAUCAGCUGAAGAAAUGGAUGUCAAUAUGGGAACAGAGCAUCCGAAAUAUGGUUUUAACAAUCAAUAUUCCGAUAUGUUAGAGGCAACAGUUUCAAACGGAAACGAUAUCAAUGAAUUAGCGGAGCCGGACGGACUGAAGUCUGAUGAUAGAGUAGUUCAGAGACUUAUUAAGGAGAAUCUUAAAUUUGAUCCCGAAUAUUAUGCCAACGAGUAUCUUACGGCAAAGUAUACACCCGAGGAAAGUAGAAUAAGAGAGAUUUUAAAGUGGGAGAGUCCUUACAAAAGCAUAUUUUUGAAGCUACAGAGAGAACCAAAGCAGAAGCGUGAUCUUGAUCAUGUGACAAGCGUUGCAAUAACUUUCUCUCAGAAAGAACAGGAUCUUAUGAGGGAUUUACCUAAGAAAUCAUACCUUAUAGACGAUCCUCGGCCGAUAUACUACACUAUUAUAUGCCUGUUGUAUGCAUAUUGCUAUGAAAUAAGAUCUAAUGAAGGAGAUAGUACUGUUGAGAGUGGCUGGACCAUUGGUAAACUGACUCCUCAGAUCAGUUGCUUGGACUCCCAGCUUAUUCAGUCGAAUAACAUGACAGAAAAGAACAUGCUUCGGAUCCUAGUGAUCACUAUGGACAGAAGAGCAUUAUCAUAUCCAUUAAUUCGGAGCUACGAAGUUGCUAAAAAAUGCUGGGAAGACGUUUACUUCAUAUUACGAUGCGGUAAAAGAAGUGUUCUUAAAGCAUCUCUAGCUGCUCGAGAAUAUUUUAGAUUUCAUGACAUUUACUACAUUUACUGCAAGAUAUUGUUGGAUGAUUUGUGCAAUUGGAUUUUGAGAGACGAUGGUUGUAACGAGAGAGUUCUGAGAAACUUGGCACACGCACUCAGAAAAGAAGCUGAGACAAUCGUCAAGAAGGACUUGAUGUUUGAGAAGAUAAUGACAGAAGAAAGUGAAGAUAUGGAGUUUAUAAAUAUAGACGACGUGGAAGACUUAGCAGAACACGCAUACAAAGAUUCAAAAUAG